GCUACCCCCGUCCCAGUAUUAUAGGUAGGAGAGCUUUAAAUAUCAGCUUCACCCUCCUUCCUUGAUGAACUUGCUUCUACCAAACAAAAUUCUCUCUACUUUCUCGCUCUAUUUUUCUCGAGAGUCUCUUCGCACGAUCUCUUGAUCUCCUGACUGCGAGCGAUUAUCAUGGCUAAUGAAGUGGUCAUGGUUGAUGAAAUUCCAUUUCCCAAGGAGAUUGUCGCCACAAAGCCCUUGUCGCUCUUGGGUCAUGGAAUUACGGAUAUUGAAAUACACUUUUUACAAAUUAAGUUCACAGCAAUUGGAGUUUAUUUGGAACCCAAAAUUGUGAACCAUCUACAGCAAUGGAAGGGGAAACCUGAAAAAGCCCUCGCUGAGGAUGAUGGCUUCUUUGAUGCGCUUAUAUCUGCUCCAGUAGAGAAAUUUCUACGAAUCGUGGUGAUUAAGGAGAUCAAGGGGUCCCAAUAUGGGGUGCAGCUAGAGAGCGCAGUGAGGGAUCGAUUGGCUGCCGAUGAUAAGUAUGAAGAGGAGGAGGAGGCAGCCUUGGAGACACUCGUUGAGUUUUUCCAGUCUAAAUAUUUGAAGAAAAAUUCCAUCAUCACAUUUCAUUUUUCAGCAACUUCUGCCACUGCCGAGGUUGCUUUUUCGACUGAAGGGAAGGAGUCGUCGAAAAUAAAGGUGGAGAACGCAAACGUGGUUGAGAUGAUCCAGAAAUGGUACUUGGGAGGAACUAGAGGGGUGUCUCAGACAACCAUAUCCUCCUUAGCUAAUACCCUCUCUGCCGAGUUAUCUAUCUAAAUGAAAUGAACAUUCAUCAUUUUGUUCAUUUCUAGCUAGCUAAUUAAUUACGUCUUAUAUGCAUGGGUUGAUUUUGGUGCUGCUACCUACCUACCUACCUACCUAGCUUCAUGUUAAUUAUAUAUGCUCGAUCGAUCGCUCGCCUGAUCAUUUGGAACUUUUGUCCCUCGACUGCAAAAGCCUAGCUGCUUGGUUUGCUUGAUCUAUAUGAAUAAGAUGCUUUUUUUUUUU